CAGUAGGCUUGUAGCUAACUAUCAGGUGGUUGUAUAAGAUAGACGGUCCAGGCUCAGGUCACUUCUGGGUUUGAUGAAAAAGAACACAUUACAUGCUUUUCUCUACUCAACAAUUCAUUAACAAUACAAUAAUUAGUAUUUUCUGAUCCAACUGUAAACGAUCAAGUGUUCAAAUUUAAAACAGACUCAGGUGUAAAUAGGUUUGAUGCAGCUUUAUUUUUAAAAUCCAGUGAGACUGAAAAAGAUUAUAUAUAAUGUUUCUGUCAAACAGGCACGAACAUGCCCCUUCAUGGUCAUGGCUGAUAAAAUAACUAUAAAAACUACAAAAGUUUGUAGUUAAACAUCUUCGAGAGAGCGGUCUUUAACGUGACACAUGUUAUUUCUUAUUCUAACCGCGGAUCCAUUUUUAUUUUAGCUUCAAGUGGUGCAUUUGUUUAUUGCAUUUUUAAUGUAACGCCGAAACCAUUUCCGCAUUUCAAACUUCCGGUAUAGUUUAUGUUCCGCCCAUACUGCAAAAAGCGGUAUUCUGAUUAGCUGUCGAACUGACCAAUGAAAGAGAAGAGCGCGGGUAUCAAGAUGGAGGACAUGGAAGGAUAGCAGUAAAUAGUUGACGACGGUGAUCGGUUUAAACCUCACAGACCGAGUCAACCCGUGGAAAGUGUCGUGUUUGUUGCUUUAGAGUCUACUGUCAUCGGCGAAGACGCUGUCAGUUGAAGACAAGAUGUCAGUGAACGCGUCCUGUCGGUCAGUCUGUCCGGAGAGAACUGUGUCCAGUCUCCUCGCUGGUCGUGUGGUGAAAAGACCAAAAGUGGAGGACGGUCAACAGCUACAGGAAGCAGCGAUUCGGCUGCUGCAGCAGCAUCAGGACGUCGGCAGUCUGCUCCGGGAGGUAGAGAACCUGAACCAGAGCAGGGGUCGGGGGGGUCAGAGCAAAGAGCAGAGGUCAGCAGCAUCUGCUGGUUCUCCCUCUGUCAGUGCUGGGUCACUGCUGGCAGGUGAGCUGAGGAACCAGGCUGAACAGCUGGGGGUCCCGGUGACAGUGGUGUCGGUGAAGAUGGUGAUGGAGCGGCUGAUGAAGAUCAUCACAGCUGCAGAGGAUGAGGACGGGGGGCGACAGAUGCUCACCCCCCCUCAAAGACUGCAGCUGUGUGUCCUGCUGGAGUCCAGCAGAGGGCUGAAGUCCCAGGGCGUCUUCUGUGCUGAACUGCUGUGGCAGGAGUACAGGAGAGAGCAGAAGCGGCCCAGUCUGGAGCUUUUAUACCAUCUUCACAUUUUUGACCUCCUCUCUGUCAACUACGUCCUCCUGAGUGAUGAAGGAGUCAGACAGUGGUGGGUUUCUCAGCUCCAGUCCCUUUGCUGCUGGACUCCUCCUCAGACUGAAGACGAGACCAGAGUCAUUCAGCAUCAAGUGUUGUCCAAGUUGCUGGGAGUUUUAGUGGAAACUGGUUUUGACCAGAGCAGAGAAAAAACUGCAGCAGAGAAACAAGUGUCAACACAGGUGUCAACGAUCUGCUGCUGUAUCCUGGACAGCAUGCUGUUCUGGGUACUGGGCCAAGUGGAUCUGAAAACUCCUGGACCUGAGCUGUGGAUUCAGAUGUUUGACCAUUGGGUCAGUGGUGCAGUGUCAGCGUCGACUGAAGCUGUGCAGCGUUUCUUCACUCACUCACUCACACAGACUCUGACCUACAAACCUGGACUUACUGUGUCAGACGCAGUGUCUCAGCAGAACCAGUGGACGUUUGCCAAGUCCAGCCGCCUGUUGACCUCGCUUUUCUGCAAGAUGUCCAUGACCUUCAGCUCUCAGCAGCUCCUUCAUCACCUGCAGCAGGUCCUGGAAACACACGAGGUCAACUGGAAACACGUCCUGAGCUUCCUGUCCACGCUGCUGGUUUACGACCCCUGCACUCAGUCCAGCCUCAGAGAGCUGUUGUCUACUCUGCUGACCUCCGCCUUUGAAGGCUAUGACUUGGAGCACAUGAUAACAGCCUUUCUAUUGGCUCGCCAGGGGGCGCUAGAAGGGCCAGCAAUCUUCUCCUCCUACACCGACUGGUUUAAGAUGUCGUUUGGUGGAAGCAGUUGUCACCACGCCACCCGUAAGAAACACUACCUGAAGGUGCAUGUCCUCCACCCCCCCUUCACCCCAGUCAAACACCGCAGCCUCCUGAUGGAGUACGUGUCCCUGGCCAAGACCAGACUGAACGACCUCAAGGAGUCGUUGGAGGACAUGGGUUUGUACGAGGACGUUUCCGCUGCAGGGAGAGCAUCAGCACAGCCACAAUGUCCGGCUGUUCAGGACGUAGAGAGAGCAGUGUCUCUGUUUGAGACCACAGGAAGAAUCUCUGCCACCGUCAUGGAGGCCAGUAUUUUCCGGAGGCCGUAUUUUCUGACACGAUUCCUUCCUGCUUUGCUGAUUCCAAGAAUGCUUCCUGUAAAAGCAGACGCUCGGAUGAGGCUCAUUGAAGCUUUAAAGAAAGCAGAUAAAAUCCCUGCAGCCCAGUUCUCUUCUUAUGUGGAGUCGUGUCGGAGGCAGCGUCAGCAGGACAGGGGCUCUGUGUGUCUGGACACCAGUAAUGAUCCAGUGGAGGUGCUGAGAGUUCAGCUGCAGGAGUUCAGAGGGCUGGUGGUGGGCGGGGCUGACGGAGACAUCAUGUCUCAGCUGUCCAUGAUCUCCCACACACUCAGCACCAUAUUCCCCGCUGGUCCUGAUGAUGUCACAGAGUUGCUGGUCAUCACAGUUGGUCUGGACUCUCCUCCGUCCCCUGAGCUCCACGUCACAGUUGUCAACAUGAUCCUCACGAACUUCUGCCAGUGUCUGCUGGACGCCUGCAGAGCUAAUCCACCGAACAAACAAAGUCUGUGGGCGUCCAGGUUCGUCAGUGUCCUGGUCUCUAACAGACAGCUGGUGUCAGGACUGGUACACAGGCUCUGGGAGCUGUUUAAUAAUCAGGGAUCAUCACUAAGCCCCGCCCAUGUGCUGGGGCUGGCAGCGUUGGUGGUCCACCUGCACGCCUCCAUGUCCCACAGUCCUCUGGUCCAGCUGCAGCCUCCUGUCCUGUCCACAGCGGUGUCUGUAGGGGACGCUCUGGGCUCAGCUCUGAUGUGCAGGACCAGCUCAGACAUGACCUUCACUGUCAGGUUGUGUGUGGCAGCUGUGAGUUAUGGAACGUGCAGAGGAAACUCUCAGCAGCAGGACUACGUCCCCAGCAGCUUCUAUAAAAAGCUUUUCUACCUGAUCCCUCGACUGAUGCCUGAGGUCAGGAGGUCAACCCCGGCCUCCGGUGAUGCUGCGGUGGAUGAAUCAUCUGAGGCGGACCUCCCCGAGCUGUGGAGCAGUGUCACAGACUCCAGCAGCUCCUGGAGGAGCACUGCCUCGAGACUGUGGCUGAACUCUGAGCUUCAGCUGAGACAGAGGUCACAGCAGGGUCAGCUUUCUUUGACUGAGUGGUUACAUCAUGAGCUCAGAGUCCAGAGGAGUGACGACGUCCUGACAGAUCCACAGCGUCAGGAGUACCAGCAGUGGGCGUGUCAGGAGUUUUACUGCCCUCGUCCAGUGGAGCAUGGAGGCUGUGGAGGAGACAUGGAGAUCCUAUGUUCUCAUCUUCUUGACGCCGUCAUGGACCAGCCAUCAAGUGACCUGCUGCUGCAGAGACUUGAUCACAGAGCCUCCUGUCUUAGAGGAUCUUGUCUGCCUGACAUCAUGUCCAGGUUACAGGAGUUCCUCUGUGAAUUCAAACUGACAAACGUCCAGAGUCACCAGAGCAGCAGAGCAGAUGUUUGUGACUUCCUGUUUGACUUCGUCUCCAGGAGGUUCUCAUCCACAGGGAGCUCAGAGCUCCACCUGCAGCACACACUCGACACCUGGAACAGAGUCCUGCUGUCUCUGCCUCCACUGCUCCUGGUCAAAGUGAGGUCUGAAGGGGGGAGGAAGACUGUGGACUGCAGUCGACUGAUCCAACACAUCAACCAGCAUCAGAGGAUUUCCUGUUCUGCUGUGGGCUUCCUGUCUUUUCACCUCACAGCCCAUUUCUUCAGGGCCUUGUUCUGUGCCAGCGUUUGUUGUGAACAGCGCAGAGAAGAAGUGAAUAAGAGCUGGUCUCAGAUCAGUGAGCAGUGUCCUCUGCUCCUGACCUCAGCUGUGCUGUGGUGGCAGCCUCUGUCUGCGAUGCUGUCGUCUCUCUGGAGUGGUGUUGGUGAGGAAGAACCUCUGCCUGAGAAGCUGCAGCUCAUCACUGACUGUCAACACUGGGCAAACAGUGUAGUGACCAGUUCGUGGUCACAGUCCAUGCCUUCAGCUCCAGCCCUGCUCUUGGCCUCCUGUCUCUAUCAGUGCUGCAGAAGUCCAGGUCAGAACAGGCAGAACUUCAGUUCAGCUCUAAACCUGCUGCGACCAGAGAGAGGAGCCCAGUGCCGACAGGUUCUGGUGUAUUUGUUUUUCAUCUGCGUGAACAGGUUUCUGUCAGCGCUGCUGUAUCCAAAGCAGAAGAAUAAAGAAAACCUUCUUCUUCUCUGCUCAGACCUUCUGUCAGUGUUGGUGGAUUCUUCAGAAUGGCUGCUCGUCUUCACACCCAGUGCAGAAGGAGGCGUUUAUCAGUCAGUCAACCUGAUGACCUCAGACGACCUUUCCAGGAUGAUGCCCUGGGGCUUCUACAGGCUGCUGCUGCACCAGAACACUGAGCUCCAGCAGAGGGCGCUGCAAUGUCCAGGUUACAUUCACACAGCCGCUCUCUGCUACAUCCGUCUGCUGCAGCUGUUCUUGGAAGGACAGACACUGACUGAUCCACAGACAGAAGAGCAGCAGAUUCUGACCCAGGCCAAGAUGCAUGUCCUGAAAGUCAUCUCACAGGCGCCCCCUGCUGCUCUGUCCUCAGCACAGCUCAGAAGGCUGGAGGCCCAGUGUUCAGACCUGGACCCAGAGGUGGCAGCAGCUCUGUCUCUUCACCUGGACCCCCCAGACCUCAGCCCCGAGAUGGACUUCCUGUGAUCAGCUGACCACUGUCAGGAAGACCCCUGUGCUCCAGCCGUAAAAACACAUAACAGCACCAUCAACCAUGUGAUCGACUGAAGAUGAAACGGUCGACCACUACGAGAGAGAAAAUCCUUCUUUGUAACAUUAACUUUAAACAGUGCUGACACUCAUUUGUAAAAAAAACAUUAAAUUUUAUUUUUUUUACAUACACAGAC